AUGGGGUCUACAUCAUUCCCUAGAUAUUUGGCACGCAGCGAAAAAUUUGGGGAAGAAGCUGCGACGGGCUGGUGUGAAAUUUUGCCAUGGAUCAGGGACAUUGUAAGCCAUUUCUGGUAUUGUGCUAAGCAAGCGUCUUCGGUAGAGGAAUUUAAGCUGAAGUGGCAUGCUGUUAUACACCACGUUCGCAACCAGCACACCUGGGCUACUGGAUCGUGUAAGCAUGAACCACUUGGCGAUGGAACCCAGGACAAAACGUGGAUAGAACAAGGUUCAGCAGCUCACCAAGCAUUAGUAGCCAUCGUCCUGGACAAGCGUUGGUUGAAGAAUGUUAAGAAGUUCAUCAACUUCAGGACUACAUCAGAUCUGGAAAACUUCCAAAAUCACAUACUCAUGUAUGCAGGGAAGCGGUAUUCCUACAACGCAGUAGUGUAUCGCACACGGACUCUACUUGCAGCAAUAGACUACAACUGUCACAAUCACCGUCUCCCUUCAAGAAAUAGAGAUGGACACAAGAUACGAUACUACAACAAGCGGUCCAAAUUCUGGAGUGUCUACACAUUGAAGGGGAAAAAGGAUUACUCCUACAGGCCAGAUGAUCCCAGGCACUUAGGUGUUCUGGCUCCAGUACAGCCACCACCAACAAAAGAACUAGUUAGCCACUUCUGUAUUUAUUUUCAAACAACAGAAAUAAAUACAUGGAACACACUAUUUACAACAAAAUUUAAAAUAUUUGUCUACAUGAGCCGGCGAACCCUGAAACCUACAUACUGCGCUCUUGGGUCUGGAAAAGUGUCUCUGAUUCGCAACACAGAGCAGCUCGGGAUGACGACUCUGUUGCCCUCCCCAAGGCGACCGUGCUGCCAGAGCACAAACUGGCGAUAGGCUGCAUGCCUGUUUUGCCUUUGCUCUACACCUGGUUCCUGGUUAUCUUCAAUAGCAAAAAUGUCAUUCCAAGCUGCCCGGGCCAUCCGUAACACCCCUUCGUCCAGUAUAUACAGGUGCAUAUGGGCCAUGUUACU